AUGUUCGAUAUCACUAAGAUUGCACGUCCCAACAUCCUCAAGCUGGAGCCCUACCGCUGUGCACGAGACGAUUAUAAGAUUGGUGUUCUUUUGGACGCCAACGAGAAUACUCAUGGACCCUCUGUGCCGGACUUGACCGACAAAGAGACCGCUUUGGAGUUGAACAGAUAUCCCGACCCACAUCAAGAGCAACUUAAGCAGCAGAUAUGCGACUUUAGAAACUCAGAGGCCUCGUUGAGUUCCGCAUCUGUGAAACUUCCUAUGGUGGCUGGCCAGAAAACGCCUCUGAAUGUGUCGAAUUUGUGUCUUGGUGUCGGCUCUGACGAAUCCAUCGAUGCUCUUAUCAGAUGUGUAGUUGCGCCGGGAAAAGAAAAAUUGUUGAUAUGUCCGCCAACCUACGGAAUGUACAGUAUAUGUGCGGUUGUCAACGAUGUUGAAAUUGUCAAGGUGCCCUUGAAUCUGGAAACCUUUCAAAUUCAGCCAGACCUGAUUUUGGACCAGCUAGAGAAAGAUGUAUCAAUUAAACUGGUUUACAUCACGUCUCCAGGCAACCCGACCGGGGUCCAGAUAAAACCUGCGCUACUUGAGGAACUGCUUAGUAAGGUGCAGCAAUCUACAUGGAACGGAUUGAUAGUGGUUGACGAAGCUUACAUCGACUUCUGCGAAGUUGGCAGCUCUGUAUCUGUUCUCGUCAACAAAUUCCCUAAUCUUGUUGUCCUUCAGACCCUGUCGAAGGCUUUUGGGCUUGCUGGUAUACGUCUGGGUAUUUGUUUCUCGACUCCCGAGGUUUCUCGGUUGCUCAACUCUAUGAAGUACCCUUACAACAUCAGCAAUCUGACAAGCUCCGUUGCUUUGAGAGCAACUUCGAAAGACGCUCUUGUCAAGAUGCGACAAAGAGUUGAUCUUAUUAAAGAGCAGAGACAGAUUGUUGUCGAUGAGCUGGCCAAGCUACCUGGAGUGGGAAGAAAUAUUGGAGGCUUGGACUCCAAUUUCGUUCUCAUGGAGAUUCUCAAUAAAGAAGGCGAGCCAGACAACCAGAUCGCGAACAAAGUCUACCUCACGCUUGCCGAGCAAAGAAACGUGGUGGUGAGAUUUAGAGGCAAUGAGCUGGGUUGCAAGGGCUGUUUAAGAAUCACCAUUGGAACGAAAGAAGAAAACGAAACCUUGAUCACCCAAUUGAAGGAGGUGUUGCAAGAAGUUAGAGAACAGUAGAUUCACCAGUGACGUAUAUACAGUUAUACAAACCGUUACUGCAGAGCCUCUCUGGCAAAAUUUGGUAGCACGAAUGAAGCCUUGUGGAUGUCGCUGCUGUAGUACUUGUACAAUUUUCUUUCAGUCUCCUCAUCGACGCUUCUCAAUGGCUUCGUGACGUCAACUUUCGGGUCCUUGGAGCACACCAUAAACCCAAUUUGGCCCGAUGGAUAGGUUGGAAUAGUGCAGUAGGCGUACUCGACAACAGGGAACACAUCCUUACACGUCUUCUUGAGGUCCUUGAUGAUGUUCAAAUGGAGCCAGAUGCUCUCUGCCUGAGUCGAGAUCACGCCCUUUUCUGUCAAUGCCUCUUUCAAGAGCUCGAAGUAUGGCUUCUGAAAAAGCGACUCGGCUGGUCCUUCAGGGUCCGAAGAGUCAGUGAUAAUCACAUCGAAGCAGUUCUUGUAGUCGUUAAGGAAUUUGAAACCAUCUCCAAUAUGCACUCUGACCUUUGGAUGAGAAUACGAUUUGGACAUCUCAGGAAGAUACUUCUUGGACACCGCAAUGACAUCCUCGUCAAUGUCACAUAAAACCGCCUCUUCGACACAUUCGUGCUUGACAACCUCUCUCAAAACACCUCCAUCUCCACCUCCAAUAACAAGCACUUUCUUAGGGUUUGGGUGCGAGUUGAGUGCAAGAUGAGCAAUCAUCUCCUGGUAUGAGAACUCGUCUCUCUCCGUGGCUUGAAUAGCACCGUCCAGGACCAAAACAUUACCAUAAUUUGAAGACUCAAAAACCAGCACGUCCUGGUACUUUGAUUUUUGAGAGUAGAGGAUUUUGUUCACUUUCAGUGACAUGGCCUCACCAGGCCACAUAGUGUCACUAACUUCGGCGAACCAGCCAUCUUUGAUCAUU